CGCAUAUGAUGUGGGGUGCAGAAUCAAAACAGUUAAAUUUGACAGCUCGACAUUGUCCCUCACAAGGCUCGUAAAAUGUUAUGAAAACCUUCCUGGCAGGCUGAGAAACAAACCGCGAUAUUCAACCAACAUUCUCAGAAAGUGGGGCCUAGUUGUGGAGGAAUGCCAUCGCGGGGAAAAGCUUCUUUUGGCCGGUUUAUCCGGGAGCGGUUGCAGCGCCUCUGCAGCUAGCUGAUUAGCUUCCCAGCUCCAUGGCGAUCUACGGGCUGAACAUUACCAUAUAUAGACCGGGCACGGAGCUCCCUGGCCGGUGAAAUGUAAACGGCCACGGGCUCGGGAGACUGAGAAAGGGAAAGCAAAGACAAAACUCAGCCUGAGAGACCAAAACCACCAUCUUCACCAUGUCAUCCGAGCAGAUCAUCGCCAUCAUCAUGGAUGACAAAACCUACGAAGUGAAUAAAAAGAAGCUGAUCGAGAAGAGUGACUACUUCCGAGCUCUGUACAGCUCGGGUAUGAGGGAGUCCACGGAGGACUCGGUGCAGCUGCAGGGGCUCAGCGUCCUUGGAUUGGAGCUGGUCCUGGAGUUCAUCAACACCUCCAAAGUCCAGGUAGUCAACGAGACUCUGGAGGACCUGAUCGAGACCGCCUCCUUCCUCCAGGUCACCUCCAUCCUUAAGCUCCUCACUUCGGAGAUCCGGCUGGAGAACUGCGUGGAGCUGUAUAGCCUCUCCGAGGUGUAUGGGACUCACGACCUGCGUACCGCCUGCCUCAAAUACAUGACCUGCUACUACCACCCCAUGCUGAGGCGGCCUGAGUUCAGCAGCCUGGCCUCUGCUGUCAGGGACCAAGUCAAGGAGAUGCGCAUGAAUGGCACUGCCACCCUGGUGGCCAUCGGAGACUUCACCAGCCUGUCCCUGGAUGUGCCGGAUCAGGAUGAGCCCUGGUCCAUGCUGAGGUAUGGAGAGGUGGAUCAGCGCUGGAAGCCCCUCGCCAAUAACCUCCCUCCAGAUAUGAUCAACGUCAGGGGGUAUGGGUCGGCCAUCCUCGAUAACUACUUGUUCAUAGUCGGCGGGUACAGGAUGACGAGUCAGGAGAUCUCCGCUGUGCACUGCUACAACCCCUGCAGGAAUGAGUGGAACCAGGUGGCGCCGCUCAACCAGAAGAGGUCCAACUUCAAGCUGCUGGCCGUACAGGGAAAGCUGUACGCUGUGGGAGGCCAGUGUCUGGGCACAGUGGAGUGUUACAGCCCUGAGCAGGACUGGUGGACCUGCGUCUCCUCGAUGCCCGACCCGCUGGCUGAGUUCUCUGCCUGUGAGUGCCAGGGUAUGAUCUACGUCAUGGGUGGAUACACUGCGAGAGAGAGGAACACAAACAUCCUCCGAUACUGCCCCAUCUCUGACACCUGGACGACGUUCCGAUCCUGCCCGGCUCACAUCCGGAAGCAGCAGAUGCUCUCCGUGGAGGACACCAUCUACCUGGUGGGUGGCUACACCCACGAGCUGGACACGGGGCUGCGGCGGCGACGUCCCAGCCAAACAGAGGACGUGCUGACGGUGCAGUCGUACAACGUCACCACGGGGGAGUGGCUCCAGCUGAAGGAGAACACGUCCAAGUCGGGACUGAACCUGACGUGCACGCUGCACAACGACGGCAUCUACAUCAUGAGCCGGGACGUCAGCCUGCCCACCAGCCUGGAGCACCGCGUUUUUCUCAAAUACAACAUUUUCUCCGAUGCUUGGGAGGCCUUCAGGCGCUUCCCGGCUCUGGGACAGAACAUGCUGCUCUGCUCACUUUACCUUCCUAACGUGCUGUGACCGGCAGAGCGGUGGGAAAGCUCGAACACCGUUAACAGACCGAUUAUUCUUGCACUCAUUGGGGAUCUGUGGCGUCAGGGUGUGGUUGGCAGUUUGAAUGCCUCGUGACCGCCGUGCCUCGGAUUAAAAAACUUGAAAAAACGUGCACUACGCUAAAGAUACUGCUGUGGAUGCAAAUGGAAAAGCUAUAAUCACAAGUGUGGCCCAAAGCAUCAUCAGAGGUAGCACCAGUUUGUGCCUCUCAUGUGUUAAAGUCAGCAGUCACCAUCAAAUAAUCACCAGGUGAAGUUUAGAAAACACAGAACCAGCUGGUGCUGCCAUUUGAAGGCAUUUCCACAACCCUCAAAAAGUCUCUUCUGACCAUCUGGAUGAGCACAUGUUGGUUGGAUUGCAGAUUUGAAAGGUGGAGGAACAGCAUUCAUAUGGUUAAAAUAGUCUUUUAGGGUCCUGGAAAUAAUGUUUGAGUGUUUCUCAAAUAUCAUUUGAGAAACACUAUCAUUAAAUAUCAUUGGAGAAACACUACAACUUCAUCCCUUUUCCCAAGAGUAACUUUAUUUUGAAGGGAUGUCGAGUACCAGUGGUCAGACUGAGACUGCAAAGCAACAAUCUCCAAAAAAUCACAGGAAGUUCAGCCAAAGUCACAAACUUUAUGAUCACACCUAGUAUUUCAUUCUGAUGGCGGUAGUUGGUUCGUCUUUGAGACAUUUAUGUCUUUAAAAAAAACAACAACAAUCGGAUGGUGACUGUAAACCCCAGAAUACACCGGUCAGGCCCGCUGGAGCAAUGCUUGCACUUCUACCACACAUGUCAGGCUCUUCGUGUAAAAUCACGCCAGUCUGUUGUAUUGAGACCAUCGAGAAACUGAUCUAUCAUUAAUAAUAUUAAUAUUAUUAUUAUUAGUUUAUUUCCAACAUUUUAUAAAUAUAUUUCAGAUGAGAAAAAUUUUUCAAUACAAACAGUGUAAAUUAUAUCACGUACAGACCUUUAACAACAUAACCUCUUUGUGUGACCCAGCAUGUGAAAACCAAGCUGAAGUCCAACUUUCAAAACUUCUAGUUUAACAUGCAAAAUAUUCGUUUUUGUUUAUUUUCUAUGAAUUUCUAAAGACUGAAAAGUCUGCAGCAUCACUGUGGGGAUGAGUUUUCCCUCCCGUAGGCGAGAGGUUCGCUGGAUGAGCAUUUGGGACAAAAUGGUGUGCUGUUUAUUUGCAGUUAAUGCAUCAGAGACUGUUUGACAAGUGACAGUUUUCAGACACAGCUUUGAGAGAUAUAUUUGCAGACCGUGAAGUUAAAAUGAAUUUUUUGAAAAACUGGAAAUUAACACCGUUUUAUUGUUCGUCUAGUUUUGCGCACAGCCUGGAUCCUGUAUAUUUUUCACAUGCUGUGUCACUCUAACCUUUACAGCGUGACAUUUCUGUCCACACUUUUUCCAUCAGUCGUUAAAAUUAUUUAACAAAAACACAAAAAAUAAACUAAAAGAAAAUAUUAAAUACAGCUGAAUUAGAAAUUAAAAUAAUAAUAAACAUUACUAAUUAGUUUUAAUUCUUUUCUUUAGUUCAAAGUUUUAGUUUCUUUUUUUAAUAUAUUACUACAUGGAGGAUAUUUAGCAGGUCCCAGGCUUAACAAAAUUCAGAAUAAUCAUUAUAGUAAAAACAUUUUUUUGCAACAAGAUGACUUAGUAAGCACAGACCUCAAACACUAAAACUACUGACAGUUUCUUUAUAUUUUUAUUUUCUUUUGGUUGAUUUUGUAAAUUCAAAAAAAGUUGUAUUUAUUUUCUUUCUGUCUAGUUUAUUUAAUUUAAUUUAACUAAAAUAUUUCAGCACCCAGAGUUUUCAGACGAUUUAAAAAAACGUCCGUGUUAGAAAUGAGACAUGACACUCCGAGUUAGGCUCUGUGCAGAUCUCUUGCCUGCUGCCACUGUUUUGUCUUAAGCAGACUUAAAACGCUAAAAUCACAUGCACGUGUCCACUUUUACAUCCAUGACCAUACAAAACAUGAGAGGCACUGAUGAGGGCUGCAUAACAGCGUGCUUUCAAAACUAACGGCCACGUUAUUCCUGAUGUUUACACUCCAUUGGCAUCAAACUUUAACAUAACACAGCACAACACACUACAAACCUUAAAAAAAAAUCUCAGAAGCAACAUGCAUUAAUGCUCUGCACAUGGCAGGUAAUCAUAACGUGGCUUUGGUUUUACACUGCCAGUCGUAGGAGGAUCAGAAGUUCUUUCAGAGGGAGCUUCAUGUGUUGUAUGAACACUUGCACAGUCUUACUCUUCAGAGAGACACUAAGAAAGGCUUAAAGCGCAAUUCCAUGAACUGAAUGAUGCACACGUGCCUUUUGCAACCUCAGUAAAUAGGAUAAAAAAGAAAAAAAGCACAAGAUGCAGGACUCUGUUACAUUUCCAGCAACCGACCAAAAUUGCUGUGUUUACUUUCUGAUUUUUGCUGAAGCAAGUUUUGUUUUCAUUUCUGCGUUGAAUGGAGGGACGGGUGCAGGUUUGAGAAGUGAGUCUGAAACUGCUGCAGUGGUUGUUUGACAGUUUGGACAUUUAGGUCAUGACCAAUAAAGGUGAAGUUCAGGGGUC